CAAGAGGGGCAGCAACACGCCCACGACGCCGAGAAAAGCGGAUUAAAGUCCCGCAGAGAUGGCAGGAGAGACCGAGGACGAGAUUCCAGAAUCAGGGGCAGUUUUUACUUUUGGAAAGAGCAAAUUUGCGGAAAACGUCCCGAGUAAAUUCUGGCUUAAAAACGACGUCCCCUUAAAGAUCGCCUGCGGGGACGAGCACACCGCCUUGAUCACAGAAAAUGGGAAACUCUUCAUGUUUGGGAGCAACAACUGGGGCCAGCUGGGUCUGGGCUCCAAAGCGACCGUGAGCAAGCCGACGUGUGUCAAAGCUCUGAAAUGUGAGAGAGUGCAGACUGUGGCCUGUGGGAGGAACCACACUCUGCUCUACACAGCCCAGGGCGGGGUGUUCUCCUCGGGGGGGAACAGUGAGGGUCAGCUGGGCCUCGGGGACUGUGAGGAGAGGACGUCCUUCCAGAGGAUCGCCUUCUUCGACUCGCGGGGACCAAUCAAAAUGCUCGCUGCCGGCUCCAACACCUCGGCCGUGCUCACAGAGGGGGGGGACCUGUUCAUGUGGGGCGACAACACGGAGGGGCAGAUCGGUCUGGGGAAGGAGAGCCACGCCUCGACGCCACAGGAAGUCAGCGUGGGGCGCUCCAUCAGCUGGGUGUCCUGCGGGUACUACCACUCCGCCUUCAUCACAGAGGACGGAGGGCUGUACACGUUUGGGGAGUGUGACAGUGGGAAGCUGGGUCUGAACACGGAGCAGCUGCAGCGGCACCGCGUCCCCCAGCUGGUGGGGGGGCUGAGGCAGCCGGUGACCCAGGUCUCCUGUGGGGGGGGGCACACCGUGGCUCUCACAGAGGACGACGUGUUCACGUUCGGCCUCGGUCAGUUCGGACAGCUCGGUCACGGGACGUUCAUCUUCGAGUCGCGGCUGCCUCGACGCAUCGAACACUUCAAGAAAGGACGAGUGUGUCAUGUGACCUGCGGAGAAAACCACACGGCUGUCAUCACAGACGGAGGGUUGCUGUACACGUUUGGAGACGGUCGUCACGGUAAACUGGGCCUCGGAGACGAGAACUUCACAAACCAGUUCAAACCCACGCUGUGUCCGCGCUUCCUCAAAUACAACGUGCAGGCGGUGACGUGCGGCGGGUGUCACAUGGUGGUUUUGGCCCGUCCCAGGGACCCGAGCAGCACCGUGACUCUGGAGGAGGAGGACGUGACAGAGGACUUCCUGUUGAAGCCCUACGUGGAGCUGCUGGGGGACUCCAUGGACUCCUCCACCCUCCAGAGGAGCCUCUCUGCUCGGGUCCGCAGGAGGGAGAGGGAGCGAUCUCCGGAGCAGUUCGGCUCCAUGUUCACACCUGGCUUCCUGCAGCCUCCACCCCCCGUCUGCAACCACACAGCCAGCAACAGACAGGUGCUGAACGGCUCGCACCAACACAGGAGCGCAGGGUCAAUGCAGCAGGACGAGGUGGUGGAGAAUCUGACGGACACCGACAGCGUUAGAGGCCUCGGGGAAACCUCAGAUUUCCUGAACAUGACUCACGUGAUGAAGAUGGACGCCGGUGAUAAAUCCCUCACUCUGUCUCCGGUUCAGAAGGAUUUGAUCAAAGGAUUUGCUCAGACGUGGAGCAAAGGUGAAGAGGAAGUAGAGGAGGAAGUAGAAGAGGAUGAAGAUACAUCCGCGGAGACAGAGGGAGCGUCGUCGAGUUUUGAGUCCACAGAGGGGCGGAUAGAGGACACUCAGAGUGAUAAGCCUGAAGAGCUGCCGAAAGAAUCCACACCUGAGCAGACAGCUGAAAUCACAGAGAAGCCCGACAGCACAAGUGAAGAAAAACCGGCCAAUGGGACGACGGAAAGCAACUCCAACAGCCAAUCAGCAACCAGCAAAAAGCUCUCUCUCUUCAGACGGCUCUCCUUCUCCAGGUCGAAGCAGAGCAUCGACAGAGACCCGACCCCAGCAGGGAGCACCGUCAGCGGGGAGGCCGGGGUCAAAGGAGAGCCUCCCUCUGGAGCUCCUGAAGAACCAGAGGAAACAACGAGAAGUCAGAAGUCUGUUCCCUCCAGAAGCCCUCGCUCUGGAGCCUGCACCCUGCUGUGACCCCGAGAAACAACUCUCAGGGGUCCCCAAACUCACCCUGAUGUCUAACAAGAUUCAAGUUCAAGGCUUUUAUUGUCAUUUGCACAGAGCUACAGUGUAGUUAUGUCAAUGAAGAUCUUAGGCUCCUCCUCCAACAGUGCAACACAAUAAAACAGAUCAAAUAGUGCAAGUCAAUUGUUCCCUCCUAAACUAGGGGUUCAAAGGGAAGUAACAAAAUAUACAAAUAACCGAGAGAGAGGAAACUGAUUUGUGAAGCCACAAGAUGAUGUUUUAAUGAAUCCAAAAUAAAGACGAGGGCUCACCGGCCAGUUUGCAAAGUCACCUCAUGACAAAAGACCAUAAACAACGCACUAUUUAGAAGAACUAGAGAGAAAUAGUGCAAGGAGAGUCUAUACAAGUCAUUGGAAUAUGAUAUAUUAGAUCAAUAGGUGCAAACAGAUGGAUGUUAUAAUAAUAAUAAUAAUAAUAAAUGGAAUUUAUAAAGCGCCUUUCACAGGACCCAAGGUCGCUGUACAUGGUGGACAAGUACUCAUCCAUCCUCAUCAGAUUUUCUACGACAGGACGGUUAAAUAAAAUGCACAUUUAACUAUAAUGACAUUGUUUUAAGAGAUAAGAUAAGAUAGGACUUUAUUUAACCCGAAGGAAAUUGGUGUGCCAGAGUUACAAAGAUACAAUAAACACAGCAGCAUAAUAAUACAACUGUGCACUAACAAGAGCAAUUCAAUAACUACAGGAAACAAAGACGGUCACACAAUGAAUGUAAAUAUUAGCAGUAUUGAGUAGUGCAGAAAACCGUAGUGGCAGAUACGUAAUUGCACGUUAUCAUAGAACAUUAUUGCACAUGUUAUAUAGCAGAGAGUGUUUUGUAAUGAUGGUAAAAAAACACACUGCUAUAUAACAUGUGCAAUAUUAUUAACGUGCAAUUACGUAUCUGCCACUACGGUCUUCUGCACUCCUCAAUACUACUAGAACAAGCGAUGGACAUCCUCUGAGAUUAUAGUCGUCGUCCCAGUCUGAAAACACAACAGAGACUGUGAGGACGCAAAAUACCACUUUAUUCCAUCUUCAGGAUCAGAGGGCGGUAAAACACUGCACGGUGUCUAAAGGGAACCUCCACUGAAAAAGCACGAAACACACGUACAAACCUGCAUAAAAGCCUCCUGCAGAUGAUGCGUGUGUGACUUUAUUAUAUUAUGUUACGUGGAUUACUCCUUUAAGGAUCUUAUUUACGAAGAAAGCUUUAUAUUAGAUAUUUUAAUCAACCACUAUCUCUUCACAAGUGACCUACAGCUGGGCGUUGUUCAACUAUCGUGUGGCACAUACUUCCUACCUGAGCCUCCAGUGUGUGUGUGUGUGUGAUGUUUUUAAAGAUGUAUAUAAUCGUAUUUAUUUUGACGUGGUCCAUGAGCACAUUUGCACUUUUUGAUGUGAUCUGUUUGAAAGAGAGAUGCAUCGGUUUUAUAUCCUGAUAUGAUCAUCUCAUUUCAACUGUUUUUUUUACCUGUUGGAUUUUUGUGAUAUCAAUAAAACCUUUUGAUACGGA